AAACUCAAACUCAAACCUCAAAACCUGCCAACAAUGGCAACAAAUUGUUCUAUUUGCUGUAUUUUACGUUGCUUACAAAUAUUUUCUGCUGUGUGGAAAUGCACAUCAACCUUGGCAAGCGUUUGAAAUUGCAAGUGUUGUGCAACAACACACACACACACACACACACCAUUGAGAGUGUUACGCUUAAAACUUUAUUGUGCAGAAGUUAAUUGAAUGUUUGCUUAAUUUGAAAUAGCCACGAAAAUAUCUACAUAUCCAAGUAACCUAAAACAACAUCAACCCAACUCUAAGCUCUGCAAAUGGAACAUAACUUUAAGCAUGCCAAGUGAAGCCAAUUUUAUAGACUUUUUUUAAGAACGCGCUAACGCAAAGAGAGAGAGAGAGAGAGAGAGAGGGAGAGACCAUCAACUAUAGUAGUAAAUAGUCACUUUCAAGAUUAACAGACUCUAAUCAAGGGCGACAGCGGAAAUUGUCGAGAUUUGUCAGGCCAGAUGAUGGCAGCGGGCAACGGGCGGAUCCGCAAGCGUAAGCAUCGUAGCCACGCUGGCGACUUGCCGGCGACAACGACGACGACAGCUGGAGUGGGAGGAAAUGAAAUAGGAGAUGCUGGAGUAGCUGGAGGAGUGGGAGGCACAUUAACCAGCAUAACAAGGGACAACACAACGCCAACCGCAGACCCGGACAGGCAACACUGGCAGCAGGACGAUGCCGGCCACGUAGAGAGCUCUAAUAAUUUCACGCAUAAUUUCGUCGAUUUGCAGAAUCUCUUGAAUUUCAACGAUUUGCUAAGCAGCGUCAACGGCAGCAACAAUGUUGAUACCACGAACGGUGACAGUGGCAAUGCAAAUGGAAAUCUAAAUCUAAAUGGCAAUGGUAAUGCGCUUGACAGUGGCAGCAGCUUCUCGAGCACAUCGAGUGCUAUUAAAUUGAAUAACGGCCCCAUUACGGAUACACUUUUGGCUGCCGUCCUGACCACGGCGACCGCAACGGUGGCGCCAGCCGCCAGCUCCUUGAUAGCAAGCAUGUCAGCCACAACGACCACAACAUCAUCUUCCCAGUUGGCUGUUGUCUCAACGAUGCAGGCUGCCCAUGCCUUACCUGGCGCCGCCUCCAUGCCAGACGCCACCUCAUCCACCUACUAUGCGAAUCUCUUGAGCAUGUCGCCGGCCACAACGAGUCUCAUCUCGGUGGCCGCCACCAAAUCGUACAAUGAUAGCGUGCUGCGCUGGGAGCAAUUGGAUGGCAACGGGGACUUUGGCUUUGAUCCGCUCUAUCGCCAUUCGCUGGCCAUGUCCAUUGUCUAUUGUGUGGCAUAUAUUCUAGUGUUCCUCGUUGGACUCAUUGGCAACAGCUUCGUGAUUGCCGUCGUGUUGCGUGCUCCACGUAUGCGCACUGUUACCAACUACUUCAUCGUUAACCUGGCCAUCGCUGAUAUUCUGGUGAUUGUCUUCUGUCUCCCAGCCACGCUCAUUGGCAACAUCUUUGUGCCCUGGAUGCUUGGCUGGCUGAUGUGCAAGUUUGUGCCCUAUAUACAGGGUGUCUCGGUGGCGGCAUCGGUUUACAGCUUAAUUGCUGUAUCACUAGACAGGUUCAUUGCCAUCUGGUGGCCAUUGAAGCAGAUGACAAAGCGACGUGCACGCAUCAUGAUUAUCGGCAUAUGGGUAAUCGCUCUGGUAACCACCAUACCCUGGCUGCUCUUCUUCGAUCUUGUGCCCGCCGAGGAGGUCUUCUCCGAUGCCCUCGUCUCCACCUACACACAGCCGCAGUAUUUGUGCCAGGAAGUCUGGCCACCGGGCACCGAUGGCAAUCUGUACUUUCUGCUCGCCAAUUUGGUUGCCUGCUAUCUGCUGCCCAUGUCGCUGAUCACACUGUGCUAUGUGCUCAUCUGGAUCAAGGUGUCGACACGCAGCAUUCCCGGUGAGAUGUCCAAGGAUGCGCAAAUGGAUCGCAUGCAGCAGAAGAGCAAGGUUAAGGUCAUCAAAAUGCUGGUCGCUGUCGUCAUCCUCUUUGUGUUGUCCUGGCUGCCGCUCUAUGUGAUCUUUGCACGCAUCAAGUUCGGUUCGGAUAUAUCGCAGGAGGAGUUCGAGAUACUCAAGAAGGUGAUGCCAGUGGCCCAAUGGCUGGGCUCCUCCAACAGCUGCAUCAAUCCCAUACUCUAUUCGGUAAACAAGAAGUAUCGACGCGGCUUUGCGGCCAUCAUCAAAUCGCGCAGUUGCUGCGGACGCCUCAGAUACUACGAUAAUGUGGCCAUUGCCUCCUCGACCACCAGCACCCGCAAGUCCUCGCACUAUCAUCCGAGCAGCUCGAGGAAAAGUCCCAGCAGUCCGGGAUUGCGUAAGACGAAUGCCGUUUCCUACAUCUACGAACACAACUCACUGCGACGCCACAAUCUGAUGAUGAAACAGGAUAGCAAUCUAUCACAGCAGAUGCUGCUCAAGCAGGACUCGCACGGUUCGCGCCAGUUUCUCAUCAAGCAGGAGAGUUCGUGCAGCGAUGCCUCCGGCACACGUCGCCUGCUCUGUCAACAGGAUAGCAAUGGCAGCAAGGUUUCGCUCUCCAAACAGGACUCGAUUGUCUCGUACAUGGAAGCCCGCCGGGUGGCCGCAUUGAGUAGCAGCGUGCCCCUUGACUCCACCACCGCAGUAGCAGGAGCAGCCACACAGCAGGAGAACAACUCCAUGGAGUCACGUCGUACUCCGGUUGGCCAGGGAGCAUUGCCGGCGGCUGUAUCGCCUGCCACGUUGUUGGACAAACGGCAGAAGUUUGUGAAACAGGAUUCGGUCAUCUCGUUUGUGGAUCAACGCCCGGAGCCGCGACGUCAUCAGCUGGUGAAACAGGACUCGGUUAUCUCGUUUGCCGAUCAGCGACGUGGCCUGCUCCACAAGCAGGACUCGCUGAUGACGAAUCGCGCGAAUGAUGCUCCGACUCAUCAUGUGUCCAUACUGAAGAAGACCGACUCGCAGCUGAGCUACGGCAACUGCUCGCCCCGACGCAAUGUGGAGCUCUACGAGUAGAUGAAGGGAGGGGAACUCACUAAAUUGAAAACAAUAAAAAAAGUCACUAACUAUAUAUGCAUACAAUAUCAAACAAACUAAACACAAGCAUAACCAACUAUCAACACCAAAUCUUGCAUAGGGUAGAACUUAAAUAGAAGAAGAGGGUGUAGGAAUGGGUAGGGAGGGGAGGGGAGGAAGUGCGCCUGCGACUGUGAUAGAAGUCGGCAAUGCUGGAACUUCAGAGCUUGGCUUAUCCGUCGUACA